AUGACACCAUCUCCAUCGAGAUCAUAAGAAAUAUUUGAAGAUAAUUAGUCAUUUUUGACAAGUUCUGAUCAAGAAAUAUACGAUUAUCACUCAGACCAAUCAAAUUUGUGUGUUGAGUAUUUAUUGACCAAAGCAUUUGAUAGAAAAUACUAGGAUGAAGAUGGACUUUUUGAUAAUUUGCUGACUUUAGGAGUAUCCAUUUUCAUAUACCCCUUCUGUCUUUUAAAAGAAUUCCACAAAAUCAGAGUAAAAUUAACCUCUCAGAUAAUUAUUUAGUCAGAUCAUUGGAAAUUUCAUUUGUUUGACGAUUGGUAUGAGAAUAAAGUAGAAUCUGAUUUUUUCAAGAAAACAAGCUUGAUGAAUUCUGUCCCUGAGUUCUGCUUUACAUUUCACUUUGAGAUAUUCUUCUUGAUUGUUCACCAAUAUACAAGAGUCAAAAGGAGGAUUUAAAACGCUAAGAUCGUUUCAAUAACAACUAAUUUAAUAAUUUUAGGUUAUAGCGUUGCAUACUCUGUAUUGUGCUUAAGUUCUAGUAUUGUAUUCAAAGAUUUUAGAGAGACAGUAGAUGAUACAAAUGAAACCGUUAAAGCAAAUGGGUAUUUGGUAAAUGGAAUGAUUGUGGUAGUAACUCUACUUUAAAUACCAUUUAAAUUCUUUGUGUCCAAGGAGUUUUUGUUUAUUAUGUAUGAUGAGCUGAGAAAUUGUGGAUUGUCUAAUAAAGUGGACUAAAUGCAGAAGAAAGUUUAUGGAAAUCUUGGUUACACUUAGCAGUCAAUCAGAUAAAUCUCAGCUUAGCAUUAUCAAAUUGUGAGGGAACCAUAUUUAAAACUUUCAAAGAAGGAAUACUACAUCUUAACAACUUCUAUAUUUUUAAUUGAUUGUGUCCUUGUUGGCAUCUUAAAAUCGGACUUGAGAGAUUAAUAUGGUGGUUCUGGAAGAUUUAUAUAGUACAUGACAAAUGUCACAUCUGCAAUUAUUUAACCACUUGUAGUUUACUGUUGCAGUGGAUACUUUUAUUAUAAGGCUUGUCUGAAAUUUGAGAUAAAGUAAGUUUCUAAUUCAGACUUUAUAUAACUUUUUAGCAAGAAAAUGAGAUUAUUUGCUCUUGGUUUUGCAUAUUUAGGACUAGUUUUAGCUAUAUAUUACACUUUUAUUGUUGUAUUCAAUAUAUCCUCUGAUGGACAUGGCAGUUUAGAACCAAUUUGA